CUCGAAGCCAUCGUUGCAUCCAUCUGUCUACCCAUCUGAUCCCUCGCCGAAAGCCCCUGAAUCUCAAUCUCACCUCGAUUACUCGAUGGUCUGGACUGACUGCCCGAUUUCCUCCCAGCAAAACUUCUCAAAUGCCCAGAGAGAUGCCACCGAAUUGUGUUGCUGUCGUGGCUACAACGUGCUUGGACACUGCAACAUGACAGGAGAGCAGCCCGCCCUGUCCCCCUUCUGGACGGGCCUCUCACCUUCGCACCUCGAAUUUCCCUUACCAACGAAACGGUGCUUUGUUGCGCUCAUUUCCGCAGCCUGCCGUGCCCCGGAUGUCAGGAUCUUGCGGGAUCCAGUAGAAUGUUCGAUGCGCCUGUCACAGCGAGAGAAAAAAGAUUCCCAGACAAACCUUAUGACGUGACCCCCGGGGCGAAUAUGUGGUUAUCCCGCUACCACCCUCGUCCAUCAUAUUAUUUCAGUCUAUACUGCUGCCUCCCGGGGCUGGGGCUUUUUUGAUUCUUCAUUCUUGUAGGGCUUCCCUAUGAGCAAUCGUCCCUUCCUUUAUUCUUUCCCCCUCCUCCCCGUGUUGUAACAAUCCUUGCGCUUAUCGCUGACUGACCUCGACCUCCCUUUCGCCAUGUCGACGUCAUCUCCGCGUGUUGUUAGGUUCACCAACGGCUAUCUUCUCAGAGAUGGAGAAUUGGUGCCUGGUGAUCUCUGGGUCUCGUCCGAGACGGGACGGAUCCUGAGCUCCCAGUCAGCCUUCUAUUCUUCGCAUCUGAGACCCGACAGAACAGUGGAUCUUCGAGGCAAGAUCCUAUCCCCGGGCUUUAUCGAUGUUCAGAUUAAUGGCUCCCACAACUUUGACUUCUCAACGCCGGACGCAGACUUCGCCUCAAAGUUGACACACACGACUCAGCAGAUGAUCAAGUCUGGUCUUACUUCAUUUGUCCCGACCGUCAUCAGCACGACACCGGAGAGUUAUCAUGCCGUGCUACCUUAUCUCGGUCCUUCCGGGAAGGCGCGCGACGCGAGCAACGGCUCAGAGAGUCUUGGGGCACACAUCGAAGGACCCUUUCUUUCGCCGGUGCGAAAUGGAAUUCACAACAAGGAGGUGUUACGGGAGGCGCAUUCUUGGGCCGAUAUCGAGGAAUGCUACGGCGCGGAGAAUCUUCGCAAUGUGAGGUACAUCACCGCCGCUCCCGAGAGGGGGAUUAUGAUCAAUCUGAUCCCUGAAUUCGUGAAACGGGGCAUCGUCUUUUCCGUGGGACACUCUGAUGCCACGUUCGAACAGGCGCAGGCUGCUAUGGCCGCUGGGGCCUCCAUGGUCACGCAUCUUUUCAACGCCAUGCGCCCCUUUGGGCAUCGGGAUCCUGGUAUUUUUGGUCUGCUAGGACAAUCAGCGCCAUCAACCCCUGUCGCCACUCCAAAGACCAGUCGCCCGGCAAGCCCAUCGACUUCACCACAAGGCUCUCCGCGGUCAUCGAGAAGGUCAACCCCUCGCUCCAGUCUCAGUAUCAGCACGUCCAUGUCGGAGCUAGAAGACGAGGCAGCUCGAUACAAGCAACCAUACUUUGGCCUCAUCGCCGAUGGCAUCCACUUGUCGGCGCAGACCCUCAAGAUUGCCUAUUCUGCCCACCCGGAAGGUGCAAUCCUAGUGACCGAUGCGCAGAAGUUUGCCGGAUGUCCUGACGGCGCCUACGAGUGGCGAGGAGAAGAUCGCUUCGUCAAGGAAGGCAAGCUGCUGAAGCUGGAAAGCAAUGGACGUAUCGCCGGCAGCGUGGUCGACUUGAUCGAUUGCGUCAACAACUUCAAGCGAUGGACAGGCUGCGGAACGGCCAAGGCGCUGGAGUGUGUGACCAGCACUCCGGCCAAGAUGCUGGGUAAGGACGUGGAGAACACCAAAGGAAGGCUAGAGGUGGGCAUGGACGCCGACCUGGUGGUUCUGGAAGAGGGUCUCGAGGGAGAUCUGACUGUGCAGCAGGUUUGGAAGUUUGGAGUCCAGGUGGCCUAAACCUCCGGAUCAAUGUCGUUGUGCGGUUGCGAGUGCUCUCGUCAAAAGUUCGGUUGAGCUCGGCGUUGUAGGCACCUGGGUUUACUGUAUGCUGGAGAUGGUUGGAGAGGCUCACCGGCUGGCCAUGCUAUGAACUAUAGAGAUUUUUUUACUUGUUUGAUGCAACGCCAGCGUUGCCCCCCGGGAUGUUGUGCAUAAAAAUGAGAUACCUCUAGAGUUGGCCGCGAUGCCAGAUGUUAUGUAUAUUAUGUGAUAGAUGUUCGUCAAUGUGUAAUCAAUGUUACUGAUUGUUUUCCCUCUG